AGGCUCCUCCCACUGCUUGGCGCAGCGGAGAAGGGCACCCAGGCGCAGAGCUGGCUGGCGGCGGGAUGCAACCGGUCACCCGCCGGAGCCCCCAUGGCCUGCACGAGCGAUGCGCGGCUGCAACUGGGCCGGGAAGCGUUGCAGGCGGCGCCCACGCUGCUGGUCCCCGCUGUGCUGAUGGGCGCAGCACUCGGCUUGGGCCUCGGCCUGUGGAUAAGCUGCCGUGCCAGCCGCCUGCGCUCGCGGCUCCAGAAAGAUGACAUUCAACGUCUUCUCAGGAGUUCAGAGCCCACUGCACAGAGCCUGCCAGACACUGGCUCCCGGGUCCGGAGGCGCCAGAGAGAGACAACUUCCCGGGAUGAGGAUGCUCCUGAGGAGUGUGAGCCAUCCUUGAGCGGCAACAUCACGGCGUUUGCACUGAAAGCCAGGGUUGUCUAUCCCAUCAACCAGAAGUUCCGGCCUCUGGCUGAUGGAUCCUCCCACCCGUCCCUGCAUGAAAACCUGACACAGGCGGCAGCCAUCUUGCCCCACCUACCCCACCAGCCAGCAGAGGCCUCACCAGCCAGCAGCCUGGGCAGCCUGAGCCAGGCUGGCAAGGAGGAUGGCAGCUCCUCCUCCAGCAUGCACUCAGCCUACAGUGACGACAGGCUCCUCCACUGUGCCUUCCUCCGGGUGGGCAGCUUCCCUGAAGUGCUGGUCUGUGAGAGUGCGGAUAUUGACCUGUGUGUUUGCAGCCUUCACCUGAAAGACCUGCUUCGGGUAGACACGGCACUGAGACAGGAGAAGCACCUGAUGUUCAUUCAGAUUCUUAAAUCAUGCCUCCUGGACCUUUUUCCUAAAAAGAAGCCUGAUGAUGAACUAUACCAGAAGAUCCUUUCAAAGCAAGAGCAUGACUUGGAGGAGUUAGAAAAGGGAUUUCAGGCCAGACUGGCAAACACAGAAAUGUUGGGCACCAGUGAUCCUGGCUACGUUUCCCUGGCAGAUGUGGAGAGGAAGGAGAGAGAGCUCUCGGAGCAUCUCAUAGACAAUAUGGGAGCUUUCUGGAAGCAGAUGGAAAGCAUCCAGCCCAUUCUCAUGGACCAGUUGAAAUGCUCCAGCUCCAAGGCACGGCAACUCAUGACAACUCUGACAGGAAGAAUGAUUGCUGCUGAAGGGUUGUUGCGUGAUGCUCAGGACCUGCAGGCCCGGGAUGUCCUGGAGAGAACAAUGGGCCGGGCCUACAUGGCAAGAAUGGUGGAGUUCCUGAGGACCCAGAUCCAGGAGGAGACCAAGUGCCGACUGGCCGCCAUCUCCCGUGGCCUGGAGCUGCUGACUGUCCAGGGACAGCUGUCGGGGAGGCAGAAGGAGGAACUUCUGACCCAGCAACACAAGGCCUUCUGGGAGGAGGCAGAGUGCUUUGGCAGGGAAUUCAUGCAGCGGGGCAAAGACCUGGUCCAAGCAUCUCUGGCUCACCAGGCGGAGGUGAUGGCGGAGUUCACACAAAUCCAGGAGGAAGAGCAAAGAAGUUUCCUGGCUGAUUCCCAGCUGACCUCAGACCCAGGAGAGUUCCUCAAGGCUUUUCAUGAGGUCCUGGAGAGGCAGCGGCUGACACGGAGUGACCAGGAGGAGGAGGAGGACAUCAGGAUCACUGAGGCCAUGGCUGCACUCUGCCAAGAGCUGUACUGUGGCACCAUGGAGACCUUCCAAAAGUUUGUGGAGACUCUGUUCCUAAAGACGCUCCCAGAAGUGAGCAGUCUCCCUGUGGCAGAAUGUGAGGCCCUGAAGCAACAGGUCCAGGAGCAGGCAGCGAAACAGCUGGGGCAGGUGGACCGAUUUCGCAGACGGCAGUGGGAACUCCUGUGUGACCUCUUGGAACAGGACAGGCGGGUGUGGCUGGAGGAGUGUGCCCUGUCCACGGUGCUGCAGAGGCAGCUGAGGGAUCACCAGGAAAGCACCAUCCAGCGGGUCUUGAGCCGAUUCAGUGGCCUCUCUGAAGAGUCCACACGAGGCAUCCUGCAGAACCACGAGCUGCUGCUGUGCUCUGCUCUGCGCAGACUGGCCCUCCGAGGCACCACCAUCACUACCCUGGCUCAGAUGAGGCUGUCUGGGAAGAAGAGGCUCUUGCAGGAGCUGCGUGAGCAGCUGGCUCUGGAGCAGGGAGCAUCUCCAUGUCUGGAGGAGCAUCAGUGGCAUCUGCUCAGAGCCCUGGAGGCCCGGAUCCUGGAGGAGGCGGCCAGACUGGAAGAUGAGGCACAGCAGACAGGCCUGAGGCUCCAGCAGCAGCUGCUUACAGAGGCACAGGAGGCAGGGCAGCUGCUACAGUUGCACUCCAAGCGGGCCAUCGGGCAGGCGUUGCUGGUGCAUGCACGGAAUGUGGCCAGUAAGUGCCGGACCAGGGACAAGGAAGACUUCAAGAGGACCCUGGUGGAGACAGUAGUGGAGAGCGUGUAUGUGACCAGCACCAGUGUGAGCCACCUUGUGCAAGCAUAUUACCAGCGCAUUGGGAAGCUCCUGCAGGCCCACCAGGAACAAGUGCUACAGCGCCUGAAGACCCUGCAGGGUGAGAGAAUCAACACAUACAAGCUGUGGAAGAAGCAAGAAUUUGGUGACCCACCAUCGGGGAGCCAGACACCAUCGGGUAGCCAGGCAGCAGAUACCCAUGGAGCUACCCAGACAGUGCAGCAGAGGAUGCUGUCCCAGCAGAAGAAGUUCCUUGGCCAGUUCACACAGCACCAGCAGGGCCGCCUGAACUCUCAGACGCAGAAGGCACAGGAGCUUGACCAGCUCGAAGGCCAGCUGGAGACCCAGCUGCAGGAAGCUGAGCAGACCUUUGUCUCAGAGCUGGCAACCCUGGCCCGAGUGCCCCUGACUGAAAACAAGCCAUUCUCCAAUAAGCGAGGACUGCCAGAAAAGCCAGUAAGGACCAAAAGAAAGAAGCCCCCGCCUCGGGAGAGAGAGGACCUGGGGCCGCCCAACAAUGAUCACCCUGCCUUGGUGGACCAUACCUCAGGACCACUCAGCAGCAGAAGGCUGGGUCAGCAGGACAGCGAGGCUGGCAAUGGCGAGAAUUCAAGGAAGAUACUGCAGAAGAGAAGCAAUGUGUAGUGGAACCCUGCUGAGACGGACCUGCCUCGCACGUCACUUCCUCCAUGGCUGGAGCCCUAUGGUUUGGGGGCAGAAGCAGGGGGCCAGUCUUGAGAGAGGGAAUACCACCUGCCUUAGAAAGGGAAAGUAACAUGACAGUGGCACCAAGUGCCUGGGAUGACAGGGGCUGGUGGAGACUCUCUGGCCUCAUCUUACUCUCUUGAGAGACCUGGUCACUCAAGGAUGCCUUUGAGAACAUCAGCUUCCACCCUGGUGCACUUUCCCUGAGGGCUUCCUCCCUCAGGAGGGCCCUCUACCCCUGCCCUCUGGUCUCCUAGUGUGCUGAUGCUGCCCAACUGCCCAGCAUCUCUUUGAAGUCCUGCCCAAGGGUCUCAGCGUCGCUGGUGUUUUCUGAGCCUGAAGCCACUGUCUCGCCUCCAUGACUCCACAGCCAUCGCCAUCCCUGGCAUUGGCUGCCAGCGUCCCAACCAGGAUUAACCAACUUUGGGCUUUGGUAUUUCUAUCUUUUGGCUCAGGUAUCCCUGAGACUUGGUCACUCAAGGAUGUCUGAGUUUCAGAGCCAAUGUCUUUGGCAUAGUCAUGGAUUUCCAAACCCACAGGCUUGUUCUGAGCCACUUGGAACUUGGGGACCACACGUGCCUGUCACGUGCCACAAGAUCUCCUCUUUGGGCAUGGAGGGCAUAGAAGGAGGCUGACCCUAUCCCCAGGCUUCACUGAGGAGGGAAAACCCACCAGCCAGCAGUCCCUCCCCGAAGGAGAGACCCACAAGUCACCUGCUCCUCCUGGAGGAUGUCGAGAACUUCCAUAAGCUUCCAAAACCAACCCCGCUUGUCCCACAGGCCAGAGGCAACAUCCCCAACCAUCACUGUCAAUAUUUGGGUGUGAUCACUCUUUGUUUGGGUAUGAAAGCUGAUGAUGUCAAAAGUGGAGUCUCUCAUGUCAGCCCCAGAUCCAUGUGCAGCCAGGAGGUUGUGGGUGGCACACACUGGUGCAUUUGAGAUGAGAACUGUCACUCAAUGGGAACACUGCUUUAGAUGCCUCCCCAGAGACACCAGGGUGCCUGAGAGUGCUACCUGAGGCCGGGAGAGUUUCUGACUGCAGACUUGGCUGACACAGCAUCUUACCUUCCUUCUUCUUUCCCCUCUUCCUUUCUCCAGCUUCCCGGGCCUUAACCUCCUUGCACACAAGCCAUCCCUGGCGCAUUCUGAAUAAACACCUCUAUCCCAGGAGUUGUUAUUGCUGUUUCAGGCCUGUGGGGACCCAGGCUUUCCUGUGCAUUGUAGAGCAAUGGGCAGCAACCCUGGGCUCUACCCACCCAUGUCAACUGGAUCCAGCUAUUUAUCUCUGGUGUUUCUCAGUGAUAGGUCAACGUGUGCCUCCCCUUGGCAAGCCCAGCAUUGCAAAACCCCACAUACAAUGAAUUUCUAGAAUAUACUGGCUUCUGUGACUCAGUAGACCAUCUCAGGAAUCUUCUGGACUUUCUGGGAAUUUUAGGUUCUUAAAAUAUAAAGUAAAACUGGCUAG